UUUAUUUUUUACUUUUUUAUCAUCAAAAACAGAACACAUUUUGACAAAUUAUUAUGACGAAAGUCUUUCAAAGAUUAAAGUUGUUUUAAUCGUCGAAAAACACAUUAACACAAGUGAAGAACGAGUUCUGUCAUGAUUUAGUAACCGAUCGUCACGUCUUUUAGUUCCCACUGCUGUACAACAGGUGGCAGUGUUUUAGUCUGAGCAAAAGCACAAAACUGGGAGAGAACACGUCCUUUAACCACGCCCACUCACCUCCACCUGCUCUAAACCAGGAAGUGUCGGGGUUCAUUUCCUCCGUGUGUCUUCAUGUAAACAUUAAUGUGUGGUGUUUAAAUGUCGGGGCCUCGUGGACUGUGUCGAGUUCGAGUUCUUUUCUCAACAACUGGUUUGUGAAAGUCAAAAUGUUUUUAGAGCUGAGGAAACAGCGCCCCCUCACGACACCGCUGCUGCUGCUGCUGUUGCUGCUGCUGCUGCUGCUCAGAGCCCCAGCAGCAGCAGCUCAGGACAGGUCAGAGGUCAGAGCCAAGGACCUGAGCAGCAGACACCUGGUGGUGAAGGAAGGCUCGGAGACGCUGCUCCAGUGUAACGUGACUGGAGAACCUGGAGAUCAGGUCACGUGGUUCAACUCCAGGGGCGUGCAGCUGGGGGAGGACACAGGUGGGAAGUGGCAGAUUCAGGCGAACGGCGUCCUCAACAUCAGCGUGGUCUCCUUUGAAGACCGUGGUCGCUACACCUGCGUCACCGCUGGUGGAGCCCAGAAUUACACCGUCACGCUGCGUGUGGCCCACGUGGGCGGCGGCCUGGGCCUGUACUACGUGGCGGUCUGCCUGGUGGCGUUCAGCGUCACCAUGGUCCUGAACGUGGCCAGGCUGUGCAUGGUCAGCAGCCACCUGAAGAAGACGGAGAAGGCCAUCAACGAGCUGUUCCGCACGGAGGGCGCAGAGAAGCUCCAGAAGGCCUUCGAGGUCGCCAAGCGCAUCCCCAUCAUCACGUCCACCAAGACGCUGGAGCUCGCCAAGGUCACGCAGUUCAAGACCAUGGAACUGGCCCGACACAUCGAGGAGCUGGCCAGGAGCGUGCCGCUCCCCCCGCUCCUCCUCAGCUGUCGGGCGUCUGCGGAGGAGGCGGCGGCGGCGGAGAAGGUCGGCCCCGACUCCACCGCCAAACCUCAGGCUCUGGGCCCACCGUGUCCUCAGGGGUCGGGGGACCAGGAGGUGCUGUCAGGAGACGGUCACGGUGCCCGCGACGUCACAGUGUCGGUCCACGCCUUUCCUGAGAGGGUGGGGCACGAGGGGCGCCAUCCGCUGCUGGAACGCCCCCCGGACCACGGGUCCUACGAGAGUAACGUGUAGGGCUCGGUCUGGUCCGGUCCGGUCCGGUCCAGCUGUUGCCUUUGGUCUACUGAAAAACUCAGCUCCACCUGCUGGACAGAACCGUUCAGCUGGGGUCAAAGGUCAGGUCAAAUCCUUGAACUCCGUGGACAUCUUCAUCUGGAGUGAAAACGUUUCUGUUUACAUUUGUUCAAAUAUUUUUAAUCCUGAAAAUGAAAUAAAACGUUUGUCCAACAA